GCCAUCUGCUUGAUUAAUUUGUGUUAGAGUCAUAUGUAAGGAAAAGAGAAAGCCCCCUCCCUUUUUUUCAUUAGCAAACGCAAGUUCUUUGUGCAGUCCCUACCCCAAAAGAAAGGUAAGUUCUCACUCCAACACAACAGAACUGAACACAACACAGCAGCAGAACCCACCUGGCAAACACAACUCACACACACACUCUCUCUCAGCGCAGGUUUUCAUUUCCAUUACAUCUCAUUAACAUUCUUACUGUACCAUUCAUUGGAUCUGACUCAAACCGAACACGUUCCCCGGCAUUGGAUCCGUUCCACGAUCCGACCCAUUUGCCCUUCGGGUUGGUUGAUCCAAAUGGGAAUGCCCCACAAGCCAUGACCCCAGCCGUGGAGGAGGACCACCACGACCCUUCCCUUUUCCACGACUCCAACGACCGUUUGCUCUCUUCAUGCUCCUGCUCCACGUCCGCCUCCGACGACGACGCUCCCACUCCCCAAAACGACACCAAACCUAUUAAAAACGACACUCAUGCCCUCCCCCAAUUCCCCUUCCCCACCAUGUGCAAGUACGAUGCCUGGAUCUCCGAACCCUCCUCCCUCUCCGAGCGCCGCUCCCGCCUCCUCCGACAGUUCGGUCUCCCCACCCCGCCUUCCCCCGCCGCUACCAUCCCCCGAUCAUCCUCCUCUCACCAAUGCACCGACACUUCCACCGCCGCCGCCACUAUUCCCCGAUCGAAAUCCGACAACACCGCGGAUCGCGGUACCAAGCAUUGCAAAUCAUCCGUUGUUCCCAUUCGCGACAAUGACAACGGUUUUCUCGUGAAUAAUAAUAUUAAUAUUAAUAGUAGUAUUAGUGGUAGUCAUUCUGUGAAUAAUAGGAUUUGUGUGAGUGUAUCUGAGGAGGGUGGAAAUGGGGAGGGGAAUGUGGUCGAUGAAGUGGAGCAAGCGUGUACAAUUAGGGAUUUGGACAAUGGGAAAGAGUUUGUGGUGAAGCGGGAUGGGGUGUGGAAUGAGGUUAAGGAGGUGGGGACUGGAAGGCGUUUGACUGUGGAGGAGUUUGAGAUGACGGUGGGGCAUUCUCCGAUUGUUCAGGAGCUAAUGAGGAGGCAGAGUGCGGAGGAAGGUCGCGAUGGGGACGGCGUGGAUGGAGAAGGUGAUUGUGGGAAUGCUGGUGGUGUUGAUGAUGAAGGGGAUGGUGGCAAAGUGAGGAGAAAAGGUGGGUGGUUUAAGUUCAUGAGUUUGAAGAGUGUUGUGGUGGGUCAGAAGGAGAGGAGAAGUGGUGAUGAGAGGGAUACGUCUUCCUCAGAGAAGGCGGGUGGCCGGAGGUCAAGCUCUGCCACCGACGAUAGCCAGGAUGGUGGUAGUGGUUUGGUUCAGGGGGGUGAGAGAGUGAGGGUUAGACAGUAUGGGAAGUCUUGUAAGGAGGUUACAGGGCUUUAUAAGAGCCAGAAGAUUCAGGCUCAUGUUGGAUCCAUUUGGAGCAUUAAGUUUAGUUUGGAUGGGAAGUACCUUGCUAGUGCCGGUGAAGAUUGUGUGAUUCAUGUUUGGCGGGUUCUGGAGUCUGAGAGGAAGGGCGAGUUACUCGUGGAGAAACCGGACGAUGGGAAUUUGAACAUGUUGUUUGUUGUUAAUGGGUCGCCGGAGCCUUCUUCUCCUGGCAUGGAGAAUAAUUUGGAAAAGAAGAGAAGGGGGAGGUUGUCUGUCAGCAGAAAAUCGUUGAGCGUGGACCAGUUAGUAGUGCCGGAAACUGUGUUUGCUCUCACUGAUAAACCGGUUUGCACCUUUAAGGGUCAUCUCCAUGACGUGCUUGACCUUUCUUGGUCCAAGUCUCAGGAGCGUGGCUCGGGGAGACAGAUUGGAGAAGGAUAUGAAGCUGGAGGUUUAUACCAUUUUGGAUCUCGUCCACGGGUAUCCUGUGUUGCAGCUCUUCCCCCUAAAGUGUUAAAUGACCAAUUUGGCCACCCUCACUUGUCAAAGUUAAAAAAGAUGUGUCCUGAACUUAGUGGUCUUCAGACUUUAGAAUGUGAGUCUUGUCAACUAGGAAAACAUGUUAGAUCCGUCUUUCCUAAAAAGUCUCAAUCAAUGUGUAAUUCUAGUUUUUCUAUUAUUCAUUCUGAUGUUUGGGGACCUAGUCGUGUCUCUUCUUUUGGUUUUAGGUACUUUGUUACCUUUAUUGAUGAGUAUUCUCGAUGUACUUGGGUUUAUCUAAUGAAAGAUCGCUCUGAAUUGUUACCCAUCUUCACAUCCUUUUUGAAUGAAAUCAAGAACCAAUUUGGUCAAGUGAUUAAAAUCUUAAGAAGUAAUAAUGCUAGAGAGUAUUUCUCAUCCAAUUUUUCUGCAAUCCUUAGCUCCCAUGGUAUUUUGCAUCAGUCCACUUGUCCUGAUACACCCCAGCAAAAUGGUAUAGUCGAAAGAAAAAAUAGACACUUAGUUGAAACUGCUCGUACCCUUUUGCUUGGUGUCCAUAUACCUGUCCAUCACUGGGGGAUGCCAUCUUAACCGCCUGUUUUCUUAUUAAUAGGAUGCCCUCCUCCUCUCUCAAUAAUAAAGUCCCUUUCUCCAUUCUCUUUCCCAAUGAUCCUCUCUUUCACACCCCUCCUCGAGUUUUUGGUUGUGUAUGUUUUGUUCACGAUAUGUCUUCGGGGCUAGACAAGCUCUCCGCUCGUGCGAUCAAAUGUGUCUUUUUGGGCUAUUCUCGGCUUCAAAAAGGGUACCGGUGUUACUCUCCUGAAACCAAGAAGUAGUACAUGUUUGCCAAUGUUACAUUCUUUGAACAGACACCUUUCUUCUCUCCAUCUGUUCAAGAUGUCCAUAUCCUCCAACAGGUCCUUCCUCUUCUCGUAGUUGAGUCCAAUAUAUCUAAUGUCACUGUCAAUCCAAGUCAUGCUCAAGGUCCUCCCGAACCUUCCUCUUCACAUAUUGAUAUCUUCCGACACAGUACCCCGAUGGGUAGUCCUCUUCUAGAAAAUGGUGGAUCUCCUCCUUCAUGUUCUUCUCCCUCAUCGCCUCCUGCGACGCCUCCUGGUGAAGAUGAUUCUGGUUGGCCCAUUGCUCUCAGAAAAGGUACUCGUUCCACUCGAAACCCUCAUCCCACUUAUAAUUUUCUUAGCUAUCACAGAUUGUCGCCCUCCUUUUAUUCUCUUUUAUCCUCAGUGUCCUCUAUGGUUAUACCCAAAAAUGUGAAAGAAGCACUUGAUCAUCCUGGAUGGCGACAAGCCAUGAUUGCUGAAAUGUAGGCUCUUGACCACAGUAAUACUUGGGAGCUUGUGCCACUUCCCUCGGGCAAAAAGACUGUUGGUUGUCGAUGGGUCUUUGCAAUUAAAGUUGGCCCUAAUGGUGACAUUGAUCGGCUCAAAGCCCGGCUAGUUGCAAAAGGGUACACUCAGGUGUAUGGCCUUGAUUAUUGUGACACAUUUUCUCUCGUGGCCAAGAUGACUACCAUUCGUCUGUUCUUUGCAAUGGCAGCAAUUCGUCAUUGGCCACUUCAUCAAUUGGAUAUCAAGAAUGCCUUUCUCCAUGGUGAUCUUGAGGAGGAAGUUUAUAUGGAGCAACCUCCUGGGUUUGUUGCUCAGGGGGAGUCUGGUAUGGUUUGCAAAUUGCACCGAUCUUUAUAUGGGCUCAAGCAAUCACCACGUGCUUGGUUUGGAAAAUUCAGCUUUCAUUGUUCAGAAAUUUGGGCUAAAACGCAGUGAAGCAGAUCAUUCAGUCUUUUAUUAUCACUCGUCUCUUGGGAAAUGUGUUUACUUAAUUGUAUAUGUUGAUGAUAUCGUUAUUACAGGGAAUGUACUGCUGGAAUAUCUCAAUUGAAGGAGUACUUGUGUAGACAUUUCCAAACCAAGGAUCUUGGAAGCCUCAAAUACUUCUUAGGCAUUGAAGUAGCUCAGUCAAAAGACGGAGUUGUAAUCUCCCAAAGGAAGUAUGCUCUGGAUAUUUUGCAAGAAACAGGCAUGAUUGAUUGUAGACCGGUUGAGAGUCCCACGGACCCAAAUCAAAAAUUAACAAAGGUGAGUUAUUCUCCGACCCGGAGAGAUAUAGGAGGCUAGUUGGAAAACUAAUCUAUCUCACUAUUACAAGGCCAGAUCUAUCUUUUAUUGUUGGGGUGGUUAGUCAGUUCAUGCAAGCUCCAUGUGUUGGCCAUUGGAAUGCUAUCAUUUGCAUUCUAAGGUAUCUGAAAAAGGCUCCCGGGCAAGGGCUGUUAUAUGAAGAAAAAGGAAGCCUUCAGGUAUCAGGAUAUUGUGAUGCCGAUUGGGCAGGUUCUCCUAUUGAUAGACGAUCUACUACUGGAUAUCGUGUUUUCCUUGGAGGAAACUUUAUCUCAUGGAAAAGUAAAAAACAGAAUGUAGUGGCUCGAUCAACAGCGGAAGCUGAAUAUAAGGCAAUGGCGUCACUAACAUGUGAACUUAUAUGGGUGAAACAGUUCCUUCAAGAGCUUAGCUUUUGUGACAUCCAGAGUAUGAAGAUGUAUUGUGAUAACCAAGCUGCUCUUCACAUUGCAUCAAAUCCAGUGUUUCACGAGAGGACUAAGCAUAUAGAAAUUGAUUGUCAUUUUGUUCGGGAAAAGUUAUUGUCAAAAGAAAUAUGUACCGAGUUUGUUGGAUCAAAUGACCAACUCGCAGAUGUGUUGACUAAGUCAUUAAGGGGACCUCGGAUCGAGUUUAUUUGUUCCAAGCUUGGUACAUACAAUCUGUAUGCUCCAGCUUGAGGGGGAGUGUUAGAAUAAUUACUAAGUCUACUUGUUAAUGUAGUCAGUAGGACUAAAAUAGGGGGUAGUGUGUUGGGUUAUCUCUAAUCAUUGUACCUAGCAGUCUAGGACAAUGACUUGACCUUCUAUCUCUCUAUUGUAUCAACUCUUUAUCUAUAUAAAUAACAUAACAUGAGAGGUGUCUUUCAAGCCCUCAAGAACAUAUUUUUAUCUCAAGUAUUUCCUUUCGAGAAAAACCUAAUUUCAUAACUCUUACAAAUGGAUCUAAAACUUCCUCAAAAGGAGUCGGUCAUGUUUCCUUGUCUCGCUCCCUCAAUCUAAACUUUGUCCUUUUUGUCCUUAAUAUUCCUUUUAAUUUAAUUUUCCUAAGCCAAUUGACCAAAAUGUUAAAUUGUUCAAUAACCAUUGAUCACAAAUCUUUUGUUAUAUAAGAGUGUGGUUCGAGGAGACAGAUGGGAGAAGGCUGAUCUCGUCCAAGGGUGUCCUGUGUUGCUGCUCUUACUCCUAAAGCGCUACAUGAUCGACUUGGCCAUCCUCAUUUGUCCAAAUUAAAAAAGAUGUGUCUUGAACUUAGUGAUCUCCAGAUCUUAGAAUGUGAGUCAUGUUAACUAGGAAAACAUGUAAGAUCUACCUUUCCUAAACGGUCUCAAUCAAUAUGUAAUUCUAGUUUUUCAAUCAUCCCUUCUGCUAUAUAGGGACCUAGUUGUAUCUCCUCCUUUGGUUUUAGAUAUUUUGUUACCUUCAUUGAUGAAUAUUUAAGAUAUAUUUGGGUUUAUCUUAUGAAAAAUCGUUCUAAAUUGUUAGCCAUCUUUACAUCUUUUUUGAAUGAAAUAAAAAAUAAAUUUGGUCAAGUAAUCAAACUAUUAAGAAGUGAUAAUGCCAAAGAAUAUUUCUCAUUCUCCUUUUCUACAAUCUUGAGUUCCCAUGGUAUAUUACAUUAGUCUACUUGUCCUCAUACACCGUAACAAAAUGGUAUAGCAGAACGAAAAACUAGACACUUGGUUGAAACUGCCUGUACCCUUUUGCAUGGUGCCCAUAUUCCUGCCCAUCACUAGGGGAUUCCAUCUUAUUAUCUUAUUAAUAGGAUGCCCUGCUCCUCUCUUGAUCAUAAAGUCCAUUUCUCUCUAUUUCCUAAUUAUCCUCGCUUUCACACAUCUCCCCAAGUGUUUGACUGUGUAUGUUUUGUUCAUGACAUGUCUCCAAGACUAGACAAACUCUUCGCUCGCGCUCUCAAACGUGUCUUCUUAGGCUAUUCUCGACUCCAAAAAGGAUAUCGGUGUUACUCUCCUGAAACUAAGAAGUAUUACAUGUUUGCCAAUGCUACAUUCUUUGAACAAACUCCUUACUACUCUCCAUCUGUUUAGGAUGUUCAUGUCCUCCAGCAGGUCCUUCCUAUUCCACUAGGUGAGUCAAAUAGCUCUACUGUCUUUGUCAAUCCAAGUCUUGAUCAAAAUCCUCCUGCAUCUGCUUCUCCACAUAUUGAGAUCAUCCUACACAGGGUCCCAAUGGAUAGUCCACCACCACA